GGUUCCUAGAUGAUAAUAUCAAAGAUGAUGUUGCAUGUAUUAAGAAACUGGUCAAGAAAAAAGAGGACCUAGAUGCCUGGCCACACCACAAGAAGUACUGUAACAUCUUUGUUCUCGCCUAUAUUUCUUCUCGAUGCAAAUAUUUCUUCCAAAGGGAUAAAUGGUUUCACAUAUUAUCCAGGAAGGGAAUACAGAAUCCAUUACACAUACAGAUGUCUGUGCAGCUGAUUAUUCAAGUAAUCUUGACACAUUUUACUAUGAGAAUACAAAAGGCAUUCCACGCUAUGGGAUAUUCCAGCUGAGUGGCCUUGAAUGGUGUGAUAAUGGGAGACAUAAAUCUCCAAACAGAUGCAACAUAUCCUGCGAUAUGUUUCUGGAUGAUGAUGUCACAGAUGAUGCAUUGUGCGUUAAGAAAGUUGUCGCAAGCACAUUGGACAUGAGAGCUUGGCCAGUCUAUAAGAAAUACUGCACUCGAACUAUGGUCAAUCGUUAUUAUCUAAGUUGUCUUUUUGGAAGGCCUGUGCUUUCAUCACAAAAAAAGGAAGGAAUUCAAGCGAAGAUGGCUUCUGGCUGGAGACGUCAGAUCCAGGAAAGUCCAGAGCAAAGGAGGCUGGCUCCAAAGUCUUCCAAAUGCUUAGACUCUCAGGAAGACUUUUAACAUUUUGUUGUUGUUGUUGUUGUUUUGGUACAAUCUUUUACAGAUCUGUAAUCUCCUGCAAGCUUUCUAUACAUCUAGAGUGAGCAACUAGUGACCCUGUAGAUGUUACUGGACUGCAGAACACAUCAUUCUUUACCAUGUCUUCUGCUGACUAAGGAUGAUGGCAGUUGCAGCCCAUCUACAUCUGAAAAG